ACCAUGUUAACUAUUACGCGAGAGUGGAGCCAAAAUGGCGUACGUACGCUAGAGUUUCUUGACAGAAUAUAUACGCAGCGCCUGACAGGACUCAGCUACAAUAAUCACGAGUUUACAAAGUAGGUGCUCAAAUUUCGACUCAUACGAAGGAUGGUGCGGGUGGUGUUUCUGCACCCAGAUCUGGGUAUAGGAGGAGCAGAGAGGCUGGUAGUUGAUGCAGCAGUGGCUCUCAAGUCACGAGGAUGUGAUGUUCAAAUCUGGACAGCUCACUAUGACCCUACACAUUGUUUCUCUGAGACGCUCGAGACAGACCUUCCUGUGGUGUGUGUUGGUGACUGGCUUCCCAGAAGUGUUUUUGGCUAUCUUUAUGCCCUGUGUGCUUAUCUUAGAAUGAUCUAUGUGGCCUUCUACUUGGUCUUCCUCAGUGGAGUGUGCUAUGAUGUAGUCAUCUGUGAUCAGGUGUCAGCAUGUAUCCCAGUUUUGAGGCUGUCUCGUCACAGGAAGAAAGUGUUGUUUUACUGUCACUUCCCUGAUAAACUGCUCACUCAGAGGAAAUCAACCCUCAAGAAAGUGUACCGUGCUCCCAUAGAUCUGCUGGAGGAGCGAACUACUGGCAUGGCUGAUAUGAUUCUGGUAAACAGCCGAUUCACUGCUGGCGUCUUCAGGGAGAACUUUCAUAGCCUCAGUGAAGUCCAGACCGAUGUCCUCUAUCCUUCUCUCAACACAUCCACCUUUGACCAGCCAAUGGAAAUUCAGAGCCUGGAAGGUCUUCUCCCUGAGGGGACAUCCUGUCUGUUUCUUUCUCUAAACAGAUAUGAGCGAAAGAAAAAUUUGGAACUGGCGUUGACCGCGCUGGCCGCCUUGCGGAGCUGCCUUCCCGUGAAUCAUUGUGCGGGAAUCCACCUGGUGGUGGCGGGAGGCUAUGAUGAACGCGUGACUGAGAACGUUCAGCACUACACGGAGCUGAAGGCGCUGGCAGAGCAGCUUCAGCUGGAGGACUGUGUCACUUUUCUUCGUUCCCCUUCUGAUUCCAUGAAAGUGGCACUGCUGCGGGGAAGUGCUGCCGUCCUCUACACCCCCAGUAGAGAGCAUUUUGGGAUUGUGCCUGUAGAGGCCAUGUACUGCUGCUGCCCUGUUAUCGCGGUGAACUCUGGGGGGCCCCUGGAGAGUGUUGUAGAUGGAGAGACAGGCUUUCUGUGUGAGCCCACAGCACAAGCUUUCUCUCAGGCCAUGGAGAAGCUGGUAAUGGACCCUGUCCUCCGCAGGAAAAUGGGACAAGCAGGAAGAAAGCGAGUGCAAGAUAAGUUCUCUCUUCAGGCCUUUUCUGACCAGCUGCAUGGCUACAUUCUCCAACUGAGCAAGUGACGAAAAGACUCAGAAGACCCCGAGAAAUUGUGGUCCAGAUCAUUUGUCUAAAGAAAAGUGAGUCAGAGUCCAUGUAGAGACAGUGGGCGAGCAGGGACGUGGGGAGUAUUACGAGAACUUAAGGGGACAAUUAAUCAGGGUUCCCGGGAGAGUUUCAGAGAGGGAGAACAAGGUGGAAUAUCUGGACCAAUUAAGAAAGAAUAACGACUUUACCUGCCUUAUCUCUGAAGAAAUGCCUGGCCUGCACUUUGUUUGUGUGUGUGUGAGAUUGUAAAUGUGAAGCAGCACGGCAACCAAGAGCCCUGCAGAAGAGGAGACAAACAGCCGUCUUCGUUUCCUUUCGGUGUUCAGAGUAAAAAUGUGGUCUGGCACCACAGGCACAGAUCGAUAAGCAAGAUGCUUAAGCUACUUCCUGUUCACUCAUAGCUUUGUUCCCAUCCCCUGAUUCAGAAGCCGCUGGCCUGUCUGUGACUCCUGCUGCUGCACGGAGGUUAUUAGGAGGUGAUGGCGAGUGUUUGGCUUCAUUAGGGGUCUGGCUGAUGGGCAGUGUGUCUGUGUCUGGGUCAUUAUCAAUGAGGAUAGCAGAAGGUCAUUGUGUCUGCUACUGUACACAAGCACUCAUAUCGACAUUCCUGAAGUCCUAAUAAACAAGAGGACACAUACUUGCCUGACUCCUCCUGGCUCUUCUUUGUUUGCAAGUAUUUUUGGCCUUUAAUAGUUUUGAUAAACACUUUUUCAGGUCGCUGGGAGUCAGAGAAAUAUUAUGUUUAUUCUAUGGAAAGCAAUUGGAUUUUUCUAGAGAUGUUGUGCCAGUCAGUUUCCACAUCCACUACCAACAAUGUCCAGCAUUUUAAUAAAUGCACCUCUUCAAAUACUGUCCCAUGCUUCUCAAUCUGAUUCCAUAAGUUUCUGUUGCUGCUACUACGCUCAUCCUUUCCAGGAGGUCAGUGGCCUGGUCUUCAUUAGUACGGGCCUGUGCACAGACAGACGCAGACGUCGAAGCAGCAGUUUGUUAUCCCCAGUUAGUGCACUGGUAGUGGUCAGUGUUGUGAAGACCGUGUGAGACCAGAGCAUGCAGAGUCCAAGAUAAAGGGAACACACAUCUGUUAAUCUUAUAGACAUGUAUUUCUUGCUGCAAAACAAACAGUAGUCCUUAUUUCAUAAUAAAUCAAACCUGUUAUGCUGUCAUUGAAACAAUAGUUUGCUCUCUAAUCAGUUGGGACUUGGUCUCUAUAUGUUCUGGUCUUUGCCAUAACACUAGUUGCUUCUGAAGCAGAAGCAAACAAUGAGUGAGUGUGUGUUUUGGAGAACGUUGAGGUGCUAUCUUACCAGCCUGUCUCAUCUUGGUUUAUGCUCUGCCAUCUCUUUGGCAUACGAUGCAGCAGAGCUCUACUGUAGCUCUGUCCUCGGUUCUCCGGGGAAUUGCUUGUCAUUCUCCAUCUGGCCAAACUCCAGUUACCUCCAGUACCUGACCGACCCAACAGGUCUGGUCUAGAGAGGAGUGACCCACUGCAUCCUGAGGCAGUCUGGCUCCCUCCCUCGAAACAGCUGGUGGAUGUCCAAGCAAGGGCUCCCUGCUGGGACAGUCAACCCGGAGGCAAAGCAAGUACCUCCCCAGAUCCCUUUCCAGAGAUUGCCUUAUGCCCAGGACAUGGAGAACUCUCUGGCCCCCUUUCAAUAGUAAAGGAGCAAGAAAGGAUGACAGCGGAAAAUAAGACCAUCUGCAGCAACAUGUGAAGGUUAUCCACUGAGUCAGACUGAGCAGCAGAGCACCCACUGUAUGGUCCAAGAAACUGCGGGAGAACACUCUACAAACCUCCAUAAGAAUAAAGGUAAUUGAACCUCCAGUGGAGAAUCUUACAUGGUGCUAUCACUUCCAAUGCUUUUAUGGCAGAGAUUAAUCCUGCUGUUCUUAAUCAUUGCCCUUUUACCACAAACAAGAGGCUGUUUACCAUGCUUUGACAGGCAUCUUCUUCUCUCUUCAGACAUGUUUUUGGUUUCAUUCAUGUCAGUUUUACUGAGCGAUUUUUUAUCAUGGGAGUGGGGUACAACAGGAUGGAGAAGAAGGGACGUCAGGUGGCCAAGACAGUGUGGAAUGUUUUCAAUGGUUUUUAUUUCAACAUACUGUGCUAUAUUGAGGAUGCCCA